AUGAUACAGCGCCGCUCUGCCUCAACAGAAACCUUUACCUCAGCAGAAGCAGACAACAUAACCCUCGUCGGUGCGCCAGACAUAACCAAUCACUACACAAUCUUUCCGAAGACGCUACCAGCAGGCCCACCCCCAGGCUCAGCAUUCGCAAUCUCAACCAGCGAUCUCCGCCGUGAGUUCCUCCAACUACAAGGCCUCGUCCACCCCGACAAAUACCCGAACGGAGCAGAGAAGCAGCUCGCCGAAGGCCUCUCGGCACGGAUCAACGAAGCGUACCGGACACUCCUGGACCCGCUGCAGCGAGCACAGUACAUUCUACGGAAAUGGCACGGGAUUGAUGUGACUGCUGAAGAUGCGUCGACUAAGCAUGCGCUUGACGCGCAGAUGUUGAUGGAGGUUAUGGAGGUUCAGGAAACAAUUGAGGAGGUUGGGGCUUCUACUGAUGCGGAGGCGCAGAUCAAUGCGCUUAAGAUAGAGAAUCAGGAGAGGGUUAUCGAGUGUGUGGGGAGACUUGGGGAGGCGUUUGAGAAGGGAGAUUUAGAGGCUGCGAGGAAGGAGUGUAUACGAUUGCGGUUUUGGUAUAGUGUUGGGGAAGGAUUGAGGGAGUGGGAGCCUGGGAAUACGGAGAUUCGGUUUCAUUCUAGUUGA